AUGGUUGGUAUUCUGGUCUACACCUCCUCAUCUUUGGCAGAGAGUCUUGAACAAGUUAGGCACUUUGCUGGUCUACCUGCUGCCUCCAUUCCAGAACCCUACAGAGUGAUUCACCCUUCGGAAUCCUCGAGUGAAGAUGAUAAGAUCCUCGCUGAAGUGUAUGGUACCCAAACUCAUGCAUCUACGGAUCCGACAGUUGAGGCCACAGCUCAUCCUGAUUCCACCACCUUCCAAAUUCGAGAGAUUACAAAUCUUAUUGGGAACUCAUCUGCUAUUGUCUCUGAUUCUAGUCAUUCUGUGACUCCUGUUCAAUCCCCAACCAAAGAAACGAGAAGGUCUAAAAGGAAGAAUGUACCAGUGAAAGUUGUUGUUGAGACCGGUGAUGACAGUGCUGAUGUGGAUCAGCCUGAGAAGAGAAGGAAGUCUAGUGAAACCGUCAAAUCUGAAGGUAAUCCACCUAUUCAACAAGUGAUCAAGACACUGAGAUCGUUUGUUAAACAAAAGGGCCCUACGGCGGUUCAAUCUGCUACUGUACCGACAUCAUCUACUAGAAAGGGGAAACCAUCCACACGUUCCAGAGGUCGAAGCAUAACUCCUGAAGUUCAACCUGUUGAAGGAUCUGACACAUCUAUUUACAAGCCUCAGUUUAUAUCCCCUGCUGCUCAGGCCAAAUGGUCUACUAUGGUCAGAAGAGAUCUUAUUGUGCAACGAUCUGUGGAUGAGAACCAGCUGAACUCCGUAUGUGAUAUUCUACCUCUGCUGAAUGAAGUAGGAUUGCUGAAGACUGUCACUGCCAUUUGCCCAUACUCAAAGCUCCUCACGUAUGAAUUCUACUGUAAUCUCAAUGACGAGAUUGACAUCUUAACCGGGCCACGACCAAUGCAGAUUUUCAUUAGAGGGAAGUGGUACAUUUUUGGGCCUGACAUGAUCAAUGAAUACUAUGGACUGACUACUGUGCAAGAAGAGGCAAUCUCAGACUGGAACUUGGUGGGCAAAACUCUUACGGGUGGUCAAAUUGAAACUUGGCCUACGGGUAACAAGGAUUAUCUGCAGAGCUCUUAA